AUGGUGCCUAAGUCAGGCGGUUCCUGGCGCCCUUGUGGGGAUUUUCGCCGCCUUAACAACAUCACGACGCACGACCGCUACCCUAUCCCGCACAUCUAGGACUUUUCGGCGCGCCUGGCUGGUACCGCCAUUUUUUGGAAGGUAAACCUUGUUCGCGGUUAUCACCAGGUUCCGGUGGGCGCAGAGGACUUGCCCAAGACCGCAGUAAUAACCCCGUUUGGGCUUUUUGAGUUCCUACGUAUGCCUUUUGCCCUGAAGGGGGCAGCACAGACCUUUCAAAGAUUAAUGGACUCAGUGUUGCGCGGGCUCAAUUUUGUAUUUGUUUAUCUUGACGACAUUUUGGUGGUGAGUCCUUCAGCUGAGAAGCACCAGUCACACCUAACACAGGUGUUGAAACGGCUUGACCAGCACAGCCUGAUCGUAAAUCCUUCUAAAUGUCAGUUUGGGCUGUCGGAGAUUGAUUUUUUAGGUCACCGUAUUUCGUCGCAGGGUGCGAUUCCUUUGCCUUCGAAGGUGCAGGCGGUGGCGGAUUUUCCUCGUCCCUCCACCGUCAAAGCUCUACAGGAGUUUUUGGACAUGAUUAAUUUUUAUAAUCGGUUCCUUCCAUGCGCCGCCCACCUCCUGCAGCCUUUUUAUGGUGCCCUACGUAACAAAAAGGCUAGUGAUUCCCUCGAAUGGACUCCUCAGCGGGUCCAAGCUUUUCAGAGGGCUAAAUCCGCGCUCGUAGAGGCUACUCUUCUCACCCACCCUGUUUCCAGGGUGCCCGUGGCUUUAAUGACGGAUGCGUCUGAUGUCGCCAUGGGUGCUGUGGUUGAGCAGCGGGUGGCGAAUGUGUGGCAGCCCCUUGCGUUCUUCAGUUGUAAUCUGCGGGAUAACGAGCGGAAGUACAGUGUAUUUGACAGUAAAUUGUUAGCACUGUACCUCGCAACACGCCAUUUUCAUUUUCUGUUGGAGGGUCGAUCCUUCACGGCUUUUGUUGACCACAAACCCCUGACGUUUGCCAUGUCAAAGGUCACAGAGCCUUGGUCAGCCCGUCAACAGCGUCACUUGUCGUCCAUCUCUGAGUUCACUACGGACAUUCACAUGUGGCCGGUAAAGCCAACCCUGUGGCUGACUGUCUCUCACGUGUACUCGUGUGCCCCGUGCAGCUCGGUUUAG